AUGGAGAGUAGACAGUCUCUGGGGGGCCGCGUUCCUUGGAUGUACUCAACUACAUCUGAUGCGUAUCACAAAUCGCUUUAUGGACAUGUGGUUUCAAAAGAGGCCAUCGCAUUUCAACUAGUCAUGCGUAACUUGAUUUCCUCUCUGUCUACAUCUGAUUUGGUUGCUCUCCCGCACGUCCAGGCGCUCCAUCAAUUUGGCACAUUUCCUCAUAUGACGCUCAAGAGUAUUGCUGAGCAAGAAAGGGGUCCGACAGUAUCGACAGCACAGUUCAACUCCGGUGGUUCCGGGCUCACCGUGAGUUCGCAUGUGUCGAGUCAACUUGGAAGACUGAGCACACGCAUAUGGGCAAAGCUUGCAAUGAUACGGUUUCUCGCCUGUGUGACUCCUUCGAUGUACCGUAAGGUUGCUGCAGUUCCGGAAUACUUUACCACAGAAUUCACAUUUGUCUCGUCUGUUGGUCAUAGCGGAAGAGCGUCGGUUGUUGGUGUUUUGAUGCGUGUUCGGUCUGCGUACCUUCAGUGAUGCAUUCAUCUUGGCUGACAAGCCGGUGUCUGCGGAAUCUGUAUUCUCAUGAGAGAAUAUGGUGGGAAUUUGGUCUAGCAGUGGCUCU